AUGGCCGACCCUGCUGGCCUCCCGCCGCGGCUCCGCCCGUCCACUGCGCCGUCUCCACCCGCCAUCACGCGCGCGCUGCACGCGAUCAACACCUGCACCUCCGCCGCGGCCCUGGCGCCCCUCCGCGUCCACAUCCUCCGUGACCCCGCGCUCCUCCGCUCCACCGCCGUCGUCUCCGCUUUCUUCCUCGCCUGCGGCCGCCUCCGUAGCCUCGACCCCGCGCUCGUUCUCUUCGCCUCCCUCCCGCGGCCCCACGUCUUCGUCUUCAACUCCCUCCUCCGCUCCCUCCCCCCAGCCCCCGCCUGCUCACCGCUCCCGCUCUUCCGCCACUUCCUCGGCCUCGGCGUCCGCCCCAACCGCUACACCUUCCCGUUGAUGCUCACCUCGCUCUCCUCUCUCUGUGAACUCAGCGUCGUGCACUCCCAGGUGGUCAAGUCCGGCUUCGCGCGCGACCUCCACGUCCGCAACGCCCUCCUUGCUAGCUACGCAGCCUGUGAUCCGGACCUGGGGCACGCUGAGCAGUUGUUUGAUGAAAUGCCACGCCCGGACGUCGUCACGUGGACAACGAUGAUCACCGCGUACAGGAACCACGGCCGCAGUUUCCAUGCUCUGAACACCUUCCGGCGGAUGUUUGCUGCGUCUGUUGCUCCCAACCGCGUCACCAUGGUUUCUGCACUUGGUGCUUGUGCAGCACAUGGUGCUGUGGACACUGGCAUCUGGAUCCAUCAGUACGUUCAGAAGCAGGGAUGGGAACUGGAUGUCGUGUUAGGCACUGCGCUUGUUGACAUGUAUGGGAAGUGUGGACAUGUUGUGGAAGGAGUCCGUGUAUUCUCUGAAAUGACUGAGAGGAAUGUUUGUACUUGGAACUCGAUCAUUGGAGCGUUUGCUUUGGAGCAGGAUGGAGAAAUGGCUCUGCGUUGGUUCUACAGGAUGAAGGCUGAUGGUGUUUGCCCAGAUGCUGUCACACUAAUUUGUGUUCUUUAUGCAUGCACACAUGCUGGAUUAGUUGAUAUUGGGAGGAAAAUAUUUUACUUGAUUGUUCAAGGCGAGUAUGGGUUUCAACCUGGGAUCAAGCACUUUGGAUGCAUGAUUGAUCUUCUUAGUCGCUCUGGACACCUGGAUGAUGCUUUUAGGGUUGUUGAGGCAAUGCCAUCACAGCCAAAUGCUGUCAUCUGGGGCCUGCUAUUGCAAGGUUGCAAGGCCCGUGGUGAUACAGACUUGAGUGAGUAUGUGACAAUGCGUCUGGUGGAGUUAGAGCCUAAAAACGCAUCACAUUAUGUGACGCUUGCAAACUUGUAUGCUGAGACAGGGAGGUGGCUGGAGGCUGAGGAGGUCUUGAAGGGGAUGAAAGAAAAAGGAUUGGCAAAGGAUGCAGGCUGGAGUCUUAGGUUAGAGGACAGGUUAAGCAAAUAUAUAAGUGAUGAAAAUUUGAUGGAAUGUGCUUUGUGA